AUGUUUAUACUGUCUAGAGUGAAUGAUCUGGUCAGGAUCCCACCAGACCAGUUCCACAGAGACGCUGUGUCGUCGAUUACGCACCAGUUGAACGACAGAUAUGCGAACAAGGUGAUACCUCACGUCGGGUUGUGUGUAACGGUUUAUGAUAUAUUGGAAGCUGAUGAAGGUCAGUUGAAGCCCGGUGACGGUUCCUCGUACGUGAAUGUGACGUUCAGGGCAUUGGUGUUCAAGCCAUUUGUCGGAGAAAUCGUUACUGGAUGGAUCUCCAAGUGUACUGCUGAAGGUAUUCAAGUGUCACUUCUGGGUCUUUUCGAUGAUAUUUUCAUUCCAAAGAAUAUGCUCUUUGAAGGUUGUUACUUCGAACCUAAUGAUCUGGCGUGGAUUUGGCCCAUGGACGAAGAGACCAAGUUGUAUUUCGAUGUCAAUGAGAAGGUCAGAUUUAGAGUAGAGAAGGAGAUUUUUGUUGAUGUUAAACCAAAGGCUCCAAGAGAACAAGAACAGGACGAACAGGAGGAAGAGGCUCAGGAUAAAGCUGUGGAAAAGUCGCCUGCUUACGCACUGCUGGGUAGUUGCCAGACAGACGGCAUGGGACUCGUCAGCUGGUGGGAAUGA